CUUUUGUGUCACUACGAGAGACGCGUGCAGUUUGCACUGACCGGAGUUUGUAGUAUCGUUGUUACUAUGUUGGCAUGAGGAUCAAGUCUCGUGAGUAGCGGUGGAACCAACGUGCUGAUUAUGCCUAGAUAAACCAACGCAACUCCCUGACACUUUGUGUGAUAAUGGCAUGCGAUGGUUCGAUUGACGAUUUUCCGGACAAAGUGUUGUUGACCGGAUCACCGUCGUCAUGCACGUGCAUCAAUACGUGCAAAACCCACAACAGAAGAAGUAGCAGAGUGAGCAACAUCAGUGUGGUUUUCCUCGGCUUCUUUAUUUUGUCUCUGUCUCUGCACGUGAUCACGCUGCUGUGCUACCUGGAUCUCCGGUCCGAAGUGAAGCGGGAGAUUUCUCUGCGGAGAGGAGUGGACGAAAAGUUGACCCUCGGUGGAACGGAUGUGACCGACCCGUUGAUCCCCUCCGGCGCCCGGGCACAGGGUCACGAGGAGAGGUUGCUCCACAGACAGCUGGAUGGCCACCCCACCAGACACCCCACAGCCCCAGGGGACAGCAGCAGUAUUCACAGACAGCCGGAUGGCCACCCCACCAGACACCCCACAGCCCCAGGGGACAGCAGCAGUAUUCACAGACAGCCGGAUGGCCACCCCACCAGACACCCCACAGCCUCAGGGGACAGCAGCAGUAUUCACAGAGCCAAACGAAGCCCAAGGAAACAAUCUGACUCAGAAUCAACUGGGAAACGGAAAGAAACGGAAAGAAGAAAGAAAGGAAGGAAGAGGUCUCCUCCUGGAGCUCAGGGCUCCCCCGGUCCACCUGGUUCCCCAGGCCCCCAGGGGCCUCCAGGUAUUCCUGGUAUCCCUGGUAUUCCUGGUAGUAACGCUGUGGGCCCCGCUGGACCUCCUGGUCGCCCCGGAGCACAGGGGCCCCCCGGGCUGACGGGAGCGGCAGGAUUCGUCGAUAAAACCAAAACAAGAGACUUCCAGCCUGCUGUGGUUCAUCUACAAGGACAGGAAACCACCAUUCAGGUUAAGGAAGACCUGUCUGAAGGUGUCUUGAGGAACUGGAAGAUGGUGUCGAUCCACCACCGUGUCUUCAAGAUGCACUCUCGCUCCGGACAACUGGAGGUCCUACUGGACGGCAUCUACUUCAUAUAUAGUCAGGUAGAAGUGUACUAUCUCAACUUCACGGACAUUGCCAGCUACGAGGUGAUGGUAGACUCCACCCCUUUCCUGCGUUGUACCUGCAGCAUGGAGACGGGGCAGAGGAAGUUCAACACGUGCUACACGGCGGGGGUCAGCCUGCUGAGGGCGGGACAAAGGAUCUCCAUCAGGAUGGUCUAUGAUGACACACUGAUCAGCAUGACCAAUCAUACUACGUUCCUGGGGAGCGUCAGGCUGGGGGAUUCCCCCUGACCAUGACCAAUACGGCACAACUUCCUGGGGCUCCCUGACCAAUCACACCUCCUUCCUGGGACUUCCUGACCAAUCAUACUACGUUCCUGGGACGUGUCUGUAACGGCUGUCUUCGGGUGAAAGAGAGGAGGACCAAGAUGCAGUGGGAUAAUCCAUAUUUAAUGGGAUACUUAAACACCGAACAAAACAACAAACCGACAAAAAAGGAACGAAGACGAUAGUCUCGUAGCGUGAACACUAAACACUGGAACACAGGAACAAUCACCCACAAAAUACCCAUAGAAUAUGGCUGCCUAAAUAUGGUUCCCAAUCAGAGACAACGAUAGACAGCUGCCUCUAAUUGAGAAACAAUGUAGGCAACCAUAGACGUACAAAAACACCUAGAUAGGAAAACACCCCCCAUAAACAUACAAAACCCCUAGACAAGACAAAAACACAUACAUCACCCAUGUCACACCCUGACCUAACCAAAACAAUAAAGAAAACAAAGAAUACUCAGGUCAGGGUGUGACAGUGUCAGGCUGGGGGAAAUUCCCCCUGGCCAAUACGGCACCACUUCCUGGCGCUCCAUGACCAAUCACACUACGUUCCUGGGACUUCCUGACCAAUCACACUACGUUCCUGGGACUUCCUGACCAAUCACACUACGUUCCUGGGACUUCCUGACCAAUCACACUACGUUCCUUUUGGAGCGUCUGGCUGGGGGGGGGGGAGACUCCCACAUCAGCACAUCACUAAGUAGUACAAUCAAUCUUGAUCUCCACUAUAAAAAGCGUCGAGACAUUAUCUCUCAUUUCUUUUACACUAAAAUGUAGUUUUCAACAGCGGACAUUUGAAUAAAACUUUGUCUCUCUGACAUUUGCAACAUUGUUUCAAUAUUCAAAUUGGAUCUCCAUCUGUCCCAUAGUAAUGAAUGUGUCGGGAGUCGGGAUGAGACAGACAGUCAGGCAGCAUUUCUCAACCAGUGGAAAUCAUGAAUCUGCAUCAUAUUUAUGGAUGCAUACUAAGAAAUGUCAAUUGAAAAAAGAUCAAGUGAAAUGAAGUGCAGCUAGUUUUCAGUCUUUCCAGCCUCAGUUUGUAGUGAUUGUGUUGGCUGUGUUGUUGGCUAGCUCCUCUGAACAACAGUGUCCACACGCCUCACUAUCUCAUUGUUAUGGAUGUAUACAAAUAAAUGUCACUAGAAAUCAGCUUAUGCAAAUGUA